AUGCUUGCGGCACGCCUCGAGGGCGUGAUAUUCGUGUGCUGGGUCGUUCUGGUGGGUGUGGGAUAUCCUCCCGGAUCGGUGCUAGGUCGAGCCGUACCUCAUCAUCGUCGUCGUGGUGAUGGCGUUGGAACGCUUCAUAAUGCAACUCUCGACAAUCGGACACUUUCCACCGUGAGUCAGCUGGGAACUAGCGGUGAGAUGCUGCUGGAAGGCUGCCACAUCGAUCACUUUGGGCCGGCUUUGUUCAGUAUGCUGCAGCAGACGGACUGUCUAACGCUUCGCGGUGGACUCAUCCCAAGUGUAACGUUUCAAUCACAGCUCCUCGAUACGCUCGUGAUUGACGCCACCGGAUUGCGUACGUUCGAGGUGGAUCCCUUCGAGACGCCAUACGCCAAACUGCGCAUUCUGCAGAUCACCCGGAACGCGCUGGAACACCUCACACCGAGACUGGCGCUUCUCGUGGGUUUACGACGACUCGAUCUAUCCCAGAACCGGCUGACCAUCGUCGAUCUGGACGUGAUGCGGCCACUGGAACGGUUGCGUGAUCUCGACCUGUCCGUUAAUCGAAUCGUUCGGUUCGACGCCUCUCCGACACCCGAGCUACGGCUGGCGGGCCUCCGCAACCUGUGGGUCAGCUACAAUCGAUUGCACACGUUCGAGGAAUUCCCGGGUGCGUUCCCGGCACUGGACACGGUGCGUUUGAUAGGGAACGCGUGGCAUUGUCGGUGGGUGGAUCGGGCACGGGCAGACAUCAUGCGUCACGGUAUCACGGCGUUUGGGGCUGAUUACGAUUGUCCGGGCGAGCGUCAGGGUGGACUUUGCUGCUUCGAUGACGCACCGCUAGGUGAGCAGGAUUUGCCGCAAUCCACGGAACUGCCCGGUGCUGGGUGGGCUGCUGGAGAAAAGCAAUCGAACGGAGAUCUCACGCUGGGAGCGUCGAAUCGGAGCGGUGCAGUGAUAGGGGUGCGUUAUCGUGAUGUGGAAAUAUUCCUGUGA